CUGAAGUCGGUGAAAGAGGUGGUCUUGCCCUCCGCCACCUAAAAACACCGAUUUUCCUGCUUGUCAUCCCCAGGAUUGUGCUGAAACUUUCCACAAAGGUGCAUGAGAUACUCUGGAAGUGAUUUCUGUACCAAAGUGGUAGGAUAAAGUGUAUUUCCUGCGUGUUUGACGAUAUUAACAGUGCGGUACUUUCCCAGCUGUCUGGUGGGUAAUUGUCGAUUGUGCAAUCGCCUGGAGACUAACUGUUACUAUACAUUGUAUGUGUAUACUACACUGUACAUGUAUGUACAGAGACUUGUAUAUGUGACACUUGUUCAGGUAUCUGUUCAGUGACUCUAUAUUUGGUUUCACCAGUCUAAAGCUAAGUACUGUAUCAUCCUAGGGCUCUUUGACUUCCACAACCAGCAGCCACUAACCAUGGAUAGUCAAAGCCUUCUUAAAUUCGUGGAUAUUGAUGAUGGUGAUGAUGAUGUUCCAGAUCUGAUGCGGCAGCUAGUCGAUCUGGUGCCGGCCGACUCUCCGUGCAGUCCCGGUACUAUUACUAACUACUCUGUCAGCGAACCACCAUCACCAGUUUUCCAAACCUCUCCUGUUGUUGAUAGCAACACUUUAACAGAUCCUGCUCUCCCCGAAGCCAUCCCUCCGCCACAAGAUGUGCCUCUCAGUCUCAUCAAAAGCGAAACGAUGGAUAAUUUUGAUUCAUUAGAUUGGCUUACUCAAAGUUUAAACUUCGAUAAUCUGCCAAUGGAGCUUAAUUCGGUGGACGCCGUUAAUGCCUUAAUAUUGGAUGAUGACACAGCGGAAUCACUUAAACAAUUUGCAGCAAUGAGCGAAACUACAAGCUGUGAUGAUGUUGGAGAUGAUAUAACAGAUGACGAACUAAUUGCGCUCUCUGUUAGAGAUCUCAACAGCCGCCUGAAAGGUAUGCCCAAGCAAGAGGUCUGUAAGUUAAAGCAGCGAAGAAGAACACUUAAAAAUCGGGGAUAUGCACAAAAUUGCCGCACCAAAAGAAUGGUUCAGAAAGAAGACCUUGUAAAGACAAAUGAUCAUUUACGCCGACAGAUCAGCGCUCUUCAACGACAAUUGUAUGGUGUUGCGAGUGAACGUGAUUCUUAUAAGAGAGAACUAGCGAGACUACGACCAAGUACUGCUGGUAGUUCUACCCCUCCUAGUUCGCCUGAGUCGUGUUAAGUGCACAUGACAAGUUUUAUGACUGUUUUGAACAUUGAUUUACCCAGAACUCGAUCAUAUUGUACAAAAGAUAUCAUUUGUAUUUAUUUUCUCAUCUCUCAUUCCGUGUGCUUAUAUUGUGAUGUUUUGUAUUGUAUGUGCUGAAUAUUAAGAUUAUCAAAAAAAGUACAAAAGUCUUGAAGAUUAUUGGAUACGUGUAGUGUAUUAGAAAAAAAUGCUAAAACCGUAGAAACAAAGGAUUUCCUGUUCACGAAUUGUAGCGCAUAGCCUAAUGUGUGUAAACUCCUGAUGCAUUUAAGUUUUUGGAGCAAGAACGAAUUGUAUAACUUCAUGUUUUUCUGUAUUCAAGUUUUCUGGUAGGUAGCAUAAAACAAUCCAAAACAACAAAGAAUAGUUGUAUGUUCAUGUAACAUGCACAAAUUUUAAAGCGGGUAGUUCUACUUAUUUUGUAUCGUGAUUGUGGUCUGGCUGUCCUUGAUCAUCGACUGGGACCAUCUCACAUAAUUGAUCAGUCUUGUAUCUUAUGUUGGCUGGUCCCAUUCUGGCCCACGGAUUGUCAGAAUCACAUAAUUCAUCAUGUGAUUUGUGCUGGUGCAAAUUGAAUAUAUUCAUCCUUGAGAAAACACUCAUCUUCGCGAAAGACCUGUAUUAUGUCUUGUUGAAUGUUAAAGUGAUGCGAAUGUGAUGUGUUGGCAUAAAAGCAACACUGAUUUACUCAUGUGGUGAAACGUUUAUAAAUUCUAGUCCUUGUCUUUGUUGGUUUGAGAAUGAGACUAUUUGAAUAACUAUUUUGAGAAAAUGUAAUAUCAUAACAUGCAUAAUUUUACGGCUACUGCAGUUAACUCCAGAACAUCUCAGUUAUUAUUACUGGUCAUGUGUUAGAAGUACAUAGUCAUUUGCUGAAACAGGCAUUGAAAGAUCUGUAGUGUUUUUCGUCAACCGUAUGUUCUAAAAGACAAGUCCACUAGAAUCUUGUGCUGUCUUGGACUGCUUACUAUGCAAGUCUUCAAUUUAUUGUGCAAUAUUGGCCAUGGGCCAUAAACAAGAUAUUUUUCAAAAUAAGGAGUGUCCACCGCUAGCAUUUCAAUACCAUGGCAUACUUUGUAUCUCGGGCUCAAUAGAUUGAUUAUUCUCACCCGGUUCUAUGGCGGUUAGUAGGCUGUGCUUGAAAGUAUACGUUAUGUAUAUUGUAUUAUUGAUUUUAUUAAUAUCCAGUGGCCUAGAUGACAAUGGUUAGGCCAAGUAAAUUCGAAAUACACUGCACAAACUGCUAUUAUGUACUUACAAUAAUUUGCACAUCGAAUAUUUUUUCUGAGACUACCUUGGCAAGAAGAAAAUUGCAUUCUGAAUAUUAAAGAGCUGAAUGUUGUGAACAUUUCAUAGUAUUGAACACUGAAAAGGUAUAAUCUUUUCCCGAUCAGAUCCUGAGAAUCUCUUUCUGAUAUUCAAAUGAAGGGCAGAAAAUGUCCCCAAUAUCUUGCCAAAUUUGAGCAGACGUUAUUUGUUGAAAUUCUCAUAUUCGCGUAGAGAAGUUGUUGAAAUCAUGUUUAUAGCUUCAACUGAGGCCCCAAAUGUGAUAUAUUAUCCUCGCUAGUUUGUAAGAUUAAUCAUCCAUUUAUAUGAAAUCAUUUCCUGGGUACUUCAUGUUGAUGACAAUGUCGCUUGUCGAAGCCAGACUCAAAUACAUAUGUAUAGAUGAAGUUUGCACCAAUUCAGAUUUAAGGGUAAAUUUUGUCGUUAUUCUUCUGCAAACAGUUGCUUUUCUGAUGUUGUUGAUUUGUGUUGAAAACAGAAUUGUACAAAGUUGCUGUUGCUUUCUUGUUUUCUAUGUGUAUUCUGUUCAUUGAUUUCCGAUUUGUGUCAUUUUAAUGCAAAAUGUGUGGUCUGAAUGCGAAUAAAUUUUUUUGGUUGUUUUUAGUUCUGAAGUGAGCAUUGUACACUUAUAAUAAAAACAAUGAGCUGGUCAGCAUACAUUGCUCCUUGGGAUUUAAGCUGCACAAUAUCAAAAACAUGUUACCUAAAAGUCACCUGACAUCAUGUGAUAAACUUGAAUAUAUGAUAAUAUGGAGACAGAUAUUUGCACGUUUUGAUAGCUGGAAAAUUUGUUGAAAUCCCAAUUAUCAGACUAGAGCACGGAACAAAGAACGAGAUGUUAAAGGCUCCUCAUGCAUUGACAUAAUAUCGUGUUCACUCAAUCAAAAAUGGAUAUUAUUGAUUUGGAAGCCAAUUCCUUUUGAUAUAUGAUCAAUUGUGCAGCUCGAAUCGUAAUUAUGCAUUGUAUACAGAUCAGAUAUCCAAUAUCUCAAAGUUCUGAGAUAAAAACGUUCUCUGUAAUUUGUUAAGCGUAUCUAAGUUAUGAUGGGUUGUUAUGAUGUUUGAAUGCAAAGCUUUGUUAGAAACGCAGCCGUUGUUAUGCGAUCUGAUGUAAAAGUGUUUUUGUCUAUCUUGUUGACACAACACUUGGGUUAUGUAUCGUUAGUCAUAACUGGUGCCAGUUUGUUUUUGAAUUAGUGAUACUUCACUGAUCCAGGACAGGUGGGAGUCAAUGCAUAACUGUCCAUAAAAUAAUGUCUAUUGUCCUGGUGUCACAUAUUUGUUCGAAUGAUCUAUGCAGCCAAAUGUUGCAUAAAACAGGCCAUAAAGUGAGAAGCUAUAUACGUACAUGUACAAUAUUUUUUUGCUGUUAGUUUAAAAUUUAUGAAUAUACCAUCUUGUUUCUACCUCCAAAGUAAACAACCAUAGCUACUGGAGUGAACGUUUUAGCAAUUAUAAUCUUGACAACAUGGCAUUGACGAGUUUCAACUCCCACUUCAUUGUAAAUACUCCCCUCUUCCUCAGGAACUCCGAACUGCUUUUGAGAUAGAAACACCCUGGUUCUGGCCUGCAUUUUGAAGAAAAGAUAUGUUUUUUACAUCAAUUCAAAGUUUUUAUUCAAAUAUGCUGAAACUGGUAUUCAAAACUGACACAAAACCCAUCAUAUCUUAUCAUUUUUGCUGUCAUCAUUAUUUGGCUAUGUAAACUAAAUCUGAAUUGGUGAUGUGACUGAUUUUUUCCAGCUCGAAGGAUAUUUUUAGAUGAAGGUAUGUUAAGAGUAAUGGUGCAAUUGUAAGUACUUACACAUGUAUUUGAGGUUUGUUGGCUGCAAGUACCAAUUUGAGACAUUCCACGUAAUCCACUGCAAUAAUGUGGUGGUUUUCUUGAAACUAAAUACCAAUUUUGUAAAGUAUUUUGUCGUGGCUCCACAGUAAUUUUGCUGUGAUGAUGGUCAUGACCUUCGGACGGAUCGAUGGACAAAUCUGAUUGGUCAAGUAACAUGGAUAACGCAACAGGGACCCCUCAGAUAACUUGAUGGGUCCCUUUUUUAUAAGCAACGUGAACAAGAAAUAAGUAAGCUAACAAACAAAAACGAAAUAAACUAUAAAAGGCACAACAAAUAAAAAAUUAAAAAAUAAAUAAAAACCCUUGUCUCCAUAUGGAGCAAGAGAAAAAAAAUAGAAAAAUCAAAAAAAUCAAAAAAAAUCGGCUAGGGCGUUCGUGUAUACAGGAUAUAAACGUAUACUGUAACUGAGCCUCAGGGCCUUGGCUGUGAAUCUUGUCAGUCGAAUAACUACAGGUUACCGAAAUAAGACAAAUUGUUAUCGACUUUGUAAGUCUCUCAGUUGUACAGCAUAAAGUGCUCCCUCCACACCAUUCGUGCUGGUGAUACUGAAUAUCAACAAAGCUGUACUAAAAACUUCGAGGGCAAUCGCUACAAUACUGUACUCUUCGCUUGCUAUGGUACCCUUGUUCAUCGUCUUUGGGUGCACGGACCUGAUGGCUGACAAACACUGGUGCCCUAGUGGGUGGAACAGGGCGCACUUUAUGCUGACGACACCAUCGAACAUCGCCAAUGAAGUAGAGCAAUGGUGUAGGGUAGAUCGAGAGCUGAAUCAACCGCUGUAUCACGAUAGAGCCUUGUCUUCUGCCUAGUUGUCUCAGUUGAUUUUUUGUAGUCUGAUGCGCCAUUGACUGGUGCCAGAAAAGCCAUUGAGAUUUACAGCUCGAGACCUUUUAACCCUCCUGUUUUUAGGCAAGAAUAGACCUGGCUACGUGGUUUGCGGUGCUCAACCUGGUUCGGCUGUCUCUACAGAAAGGUUUAGAAACCCUGUCUGUCUAUCCUGUUUGCUGCUGUCAUGUAGGGCCAAUUGAAACUUUAACGUUAGUAUAGGAUACCACAUUAUGACACGGGCCUCUUUAGGUUGGUCAUCUUGAUAAAACUGCCAGAAAUGACCUUGAAAUCUUUGUGGUUAUCGCUAUGAUUGUAUUAUGUACGGAUAAACUUUUGUGAUAUAGUUUAAAUGACAUGCGGCGCAAGAUUGCAGCAGGGUUUGAUGAAAUGUUUUAAAGAGAUCUGGUUAUGUGAUGCUAGAACCUUGACUUUUGCAAUAGGGAUUGGGAAGACAGAAAUUGUAACUGAAGGUGGUGGCAAAAAGAAACGGAUUCUUUCAUAUGUUAAUAAUACAAAGUGUUCAAUGAAAUAUUCAUUAAUAGCAUGGUGAAGAAAACAUAUUUUUCAACUUCUUCUAACCUCAAUAUAUUGAUAAUGCAUACAUCAAUAGCGUGUGUAUUUGUGAGUUCUAACUUGCUGUUGUUUUAGAGUAGUGAGUAUUGCAACACCCAAAGCUUAUUUUUCCUGUUUAUAGUAUAUUUACAUAUUAUAUUAGAGUGUUGUAGUUAUUUGCUCAGGAAUCCACAAUUUCUUUGCCACCAUCUCCGAUUCCACAAGUUGACGUUUGAACUUUCCAUACGCAUCUGUCAAGGUAUAUCUGGAUGUCACAUAUUGCUUUACUUUGAUCGCAAUGUAUUUUAGAGUAUUAAAUUAUCUGAACAGCAUUGAAAAACCA